CCUAAGACAGGCCCCGAUCGGGAUUGACCGCCGAGGAUUCCCCGGCUGCGCAACGACUGAGAAUAUGAUGCCGCCCUGACGCUUCACUUGAAGAUCGUGCCAGAGCUCGACCCCAAUUCGAUACCACGCCAAUUGCUCCCAGGAUGGCUGCGAGAGUCUUGCUGCAGCGCCGCGCUUUGGCGACCAUGGCCCUUGGUGGCAUGGCCUUGACGCCUGCCACCGUCCUAGCCGAAGGACCCCAGGACCACAAGAAAAAGUCCAUCUACGACGACCUCGAUCUGCCUUCGGCUAAUCCCGCACCUCUGUCUCCUCCAGUCACCCAGCCUUCGGCACCUAUUCCUACACCUAUCGAUGCGGACCAGCCUAGGCCUCAUGGCCCAACACCUACGGACCGUCUCGCCGUCCAGAUUGGACACGCACGCCUUGCUCUGUACCGUGCCGUCGCCGCGACCGAAGCCAAGCUCAACGAGACCAUGGACUCUGCCUUCGACCUCGAGCAAUCCUUCACAAGCACGCUAGCCUCUCUGGCGCCGGGUCGCGAGACCGGCGAGAAGCUGAUGCCCGGGGCCAUCUACGUCCUCGUGGCGGCCAUGGCCGGCAGCAUCGUCACACGAAACCGCAACAUUGUGCUGCGAGCAACCGUCCCCUUGGCAAUGGGCGUUGGGGCGGGAUGGACGGUGCUGCCAGUGACGAUGCGCAACGUGGCGGAUCUCACGUGGAAGUACGAGCAAAAGGUCCCGGCCGUGGCCGACGCGCACCUGCGCGCGCGCGAGAUCCUGCAAAAGUCGGGCAGCUUCGCCAAGGUGCACAAGGACCUGGGCGCACGGUACGUCGACGAGAAGGUCACCGAUGCACGAGAAAUAGUCGAGGGCUGGGUCAAGCAAGGGAAAUAGCGGGCGUACAAAAUGGCACUGUACCAUCACAUAGAUUCCUAGACAUGUUCUUUUGUAUUGACAUCUGAGCGACCGCUACCGUACGAUUGACGACUGGGCCUGAGCA